CUGGCGACGUCGUCGUUUUAAAGGGCUUUUAAACUCCUUUGUGGAUUCGACUUUCAAGACGCGCAGUCAGUCUCUCGAACAACAUCGCCCGCCCUACCGAAGAUUUCCGCCCGCAAUCACGAAGGUCGCUUUGCCUGUCGGCCGCCGAUGUUCUACAGAGGGAAGUAUGGGGAUUCUGGAGAUGCUCGCGAAAUGGGCUUGAAACGGCAGCGUUUAAUGGAUCAGGGGCCAUCAUAUUUCGGUACUCCUGGUCCAAGUUAUAUAUACAAUGCCCCACCUCCGCCACCAGCUCCUGCAUAUUCUUAUGUUCCCCCUCCAUUUCCUGUUGUCCGACUUCGUGGCCUCCCUUAUGAUUGCGCGGAGGCUGAGAUAGUUGAUUUCUUCCAUGGCCUAGAUGUAAUUGACAUCCUCUUUGUUCAUAAAGGUGGAAAGUUCAGCGGAGAGGCUUAUUGUGUUUUGGGAUAUCCACUUCAGAUUGAUUUUGCUUUACAAAGGAAUAGGCAAAACAUUGGCAGGAGAUACGUAGAGGUUUUCCGAAGCAGAAAAGAUGAGUAUUAUAAAGCCAUAGCUAAUGAAGUUUUAGAUGCUCCUAGCAGUUCGCCUCGCCAUGUUCCUUUGAGGGCUAGAUCUGCUGAUGAGAAUAGGGACUUGGCUGAGUUUAAAGGACUAUUGCGGUUGAGGGGUUUGCCGUACUCCGCCACCAGAGAGGAUAUACUAAACUUCUUUAAGGAUUUUGAACUAUCGGAGAACAAAAUUCAUUUAAUAGCUAAUGCUGAGGGCAGGCCUGCUGGGGAAGCAAUUGUAGAGUUUGCGACUCCCGAGGAUUCACGAGCUGCAAUGUCUAAGGACAGAAUGACCUUGGGCUAUCGUUAUAUAGAGCUUUUUCCUGCAUCACCGGAAGAGUUAGAAGAAGCAGCUUCGAGGGGACGGUUAUUGUCAAAAUCUUUCGAGGCAAAGGACGGAUCGGAGCCUACACACGUCCUGCGGAUGAGGGGGCUGCCAUUCUCAGCUGGCAAGGAUGACAUAAUCGAGUUCUUCAAAAAUUUCAGUUUAUCUGAAGAGGCUAUCCACAUUAUGUUCAGCUACGAGGGACGGCCCACAGGAGAAGCAUUCGUUGAAUUCACGAAUGCUGAUGACGCCAAAGCAGCACUGGCCAAGGAUCGGAUGACCCUCGGCAGCCGCUACAUAGAGUUGUUCCCAUCAACAAUCGACGAGCUCAACGAAGCCGGCUCGAGGGGGCGGUGAGACCUCUCUACCCCUACAACCCCACCCCCACCCCAGGAGCUUUUGCUGCUAUACAUAUAUAUAUAUAUAUAUAUGAUGUUUUAGGUUUGAGGUGGUUUGUGCAAUCCAGUGUUGGUGGCUGUAUCUGUUUAGCAGAGAAGAGUAUUGGUAGUGUGUCGAGGGGUAAUGUUGUCUUUUUACCACUGGAAUACACAAACAAACUUGUUUGCAUAUUAUUGCAACCUUGGAUAGAAUAUGUAUGCUGCUGCUGCCUGCCUGCCUGCCAUUUCAGAUAUAUUCCCCUGCUGUUGCUGGAUGUAUUUCUGGCUGUUGAUGUCUCUCUCUCUCUCUUUUGUUUUUCUAAUGGACGGUUCUGAUAUGGUUAUAUAUUUUAGUAAAGAAAUCCAAUAAUUUCAACUGGA